AUGGCUGCUUGGCUGAGCGUGGCAGCCUGGCUGCUGUCGCUGACGGCAAUGGUGCCUGCGCAGCAGACGGCGGCAAGUCGGCCGCAGGCCCAGGCGGCGGCUGGCGCGGCGCUGCAGGCCGCGCUGAGGGGUGACGCCAACCAGCCAACCAUCACAGCUGGCAGCGUGGGACCUGCUGCCGUCACUGCCCAGGACCUGCGCCACGGCCUGCUGUGCCAGAGCGGCGCCCCACAGCUGCCCGUCCAGGAGCUGACCAUUGCCGAGAGCCAUGCCGCCAUGCUGGCCGGCCACCUCACAUGCGGGCAACUGGUGGAUGCAUACCUGCAGCGCAUAGAGGCCUUUGACCAGCGCGCAUACCUCGGCUCCAUCCGGGCAAUCAACCCCAACGCCAAGCAGAGGGCGGCAGAGCUGGAUGCUGAGCUGGCGGCCAUGCGGGCCAACCGCGCCAGCGCCCUGCCCUCCCUGUUCUGCGUGCCGCUGCUCGUCAAGGACAACAUCGAUGUUGUGGGGCUGGCCACCACAGCAGGCAACGCUGGGCUGGCAGACAACCUGCCGCUGGCAGACGCGCGCGUCAUCGGCCUGCUGCAGCAGCGGGGCGCGCUGGUGCUGGCCAAGGCCUCCCAGGGGGAGUUUGCCUUCUUCCCCUCCUUCUGCCUCUCCAGGCAUGACGGUUGCCGUGUGCUGCCCCUGCACUCUGCUGGCGGCCCCACAGAUCCCCUUGCGCUGGCCCUGCAUUGCAGCGUCAGCGGCGUGGUGAGGAACCCCUACCACCUGGCCCACACCCCGGCCGGCAGCAGCGGCGGCUCGGCAGCUGCCGCGGCAGCCAACCUGGGCAUGGCGGCGCUGGGGACCGACACGGGCAACAGCGUGCGGGGUCCCGCCAGCCACACAGCGCUGGUGGGCCUGCGCCCCUCGCUGGGCCUGGUCAGCCGUGCCGGCGUGGUGCCGCUGCGGGGCGACAGGGACACAGUGGGCCCCAUGGUGCGCACAGUGGAGGAUGCGGUGCGGGUGCUGGAGGCCAUGGUGGGGCCAGACCCUGCAGACCCGCUCAGCGAGCUGCUGCACGACGUUCCGCUUCCCGAGAACUACACACAGUUCCUUGUGGCGGGAGGCCUGGCUGGCGCCCGCAUCGGCGUGCUGCACCAAAUCAGCAACUUGCCGGGAGCGUCCACGGCCAUCCAGGAUUUGUUCGAGCGGGCGCUGGACGCGCUGCGCCAGGCUGGCGCCGUCUUGGUCGACGACUUCCGGAUACGGGGCAACAGCCUGGGGCUGGACUGGGAUGCCAACCGCGGCGGCGGCGGGCCGGCCACCGGGCACUGGAACGUGCGGGGGCGGUGGGAGGACCUCUGGGGCUGCCAGUCGCCCUUUCGGGUGGGGCUGGAUGCCUACCUGGCGGCAGGCAACACCAGCAGGCGGUACUACAGCCUCAGCGACAUCUACACGGCUGGCGCCUACCAUUUGGAGGUACAAGAGGAGGUGCUGACGGCGCUGCGGGCGCCCUACACCCCUGAGGAGUACCCCACGCCUGCAAUGAGAGCCAUGGGUAUGCGCCUCAUCCAGAGCAUGGAUGCGGCAGGCGUGCAGGCGCUCGUUUAUCCGACCUGGAACUCGCCGCCCCUGAAAGUGGAUGAGCGGGCGGCCGGCGAGUACGACGGCAAUAACAGCCCCAUGAUUGCGCCACACACCGGCUCCCCAGCCAUUACUUUCCUGGGGCGUCCCUUUGACGAGGGGCAGCUCAUCCGCGUGGCAUACUCGUAUGAGCAGGCGACCCAGCACAGGCAGCCGCCGCCGCUCUUCCCAGAGUGUCGCAGCCCCGACACGGCCGCGGCUGGUGGCGCCUCGCUGCCCAACAGCACAGCUGGAUGA